AUGAACCAUUAUCAGUUGAAGAAUGUUGUUGCUAAUGUUAACAAAAUCAUAGGCCCCGCAUUGAUCGAAAAUGACCUAAUCGAACAGACUGUCUUUGACAAUUUCAUGCUUCAACAACUAGAUGAAACUCAAAAUGACUGGGGUUGGUGUAAACAAAAGCUUGGCGUAAAUGUUAUUUUUGUGGUUUCCCUUAUUAUUUACCAAGUUGGAGCUAAAUUCAAGAACAUUACUCCUUAUAAACACAUUACUAACUUUGCUAGUAACCAGAAGUUGAUCCUGUCAGUCCCUGCUUUCAAUGUCAUCAAGGGUGGUUCACAUCCAAGAAACAAACUUGCUAUGUUGGAGUUCAUGAUUCUCCCUGUUGGAGCAUCAUCCUUUAAGGGGGUCAAGAAGAGGGAUGUGGAAGUCUACCAUCACUUGCAGACUGUUAUCGAGAAGAAGUAUGGUCAAAAUGCAACAAAUGUCUGCAAUAAGGGUGAUUUUGCUGCUCCUAAUAUUCAGGAAAACAAGGAAGGGCUUGAGUUGUUACGAAAUGCCUUUGCUAAAACAGGUUACACAUACAAAAUUAUUAUUGGAAUGAAUGUUGUUGCAUCUGAAUUUUAUGGACCACUUACUAGGAGUGUAAAUGAGUCGAGUCGAGCUCAAAAACUAUGCAAGUUACAAGCAUUUGGUUAUGAACAUGCAUAUGCACAUGAAUGCAGGCUGAGGUGA